AAGAAGGAUCAUGAGCUCCCAAGUUGAAUCCUCCAUCAACCAUUUUAGCCAUCCACACCCUUUGCAGCUUUCCAAUCAUCAAAACUCCCUGACCUCAGUUUCAUGUUCAGGAUGCAAGCUGAAAGCAACUGGAUUGAUUUACAGUUGCUCAACUUGCAACUACUUCCUCCAUGUCAAAUGUUCAAAAAUGCCUCAGCAAAUAACUCACCCUUUUGAUAAAAACCAUGUUUUGUCUCUUCUCCCAAAGCCACUUUACCAGGAGGGCUUCUUCAACUGUGACGCAUGUGGGAAGCAAGGCGAUGGCUUCUGCUACCACUGCAAGAUAUGCAAUAUUGAUCUUCAUAUCCUUUGCUCGGCAAAGCCAUUGAGCUUUACUCACCAGUCUCAUAAUCACCAGCUCAAGCUGAUUUUCUCACCACCCCAUCCUAGCAAAAUCUUUAACUGUGAUAUAUGCAACACUUUGGGGUCCAACCAUUGGCUUUAUAGGUGUGAUUUUUGUGAUUUUGAUGUUCAUUUGAACUGUACAAAUAAUGUUCCAUCAGUUGCACCAGCAAUGCAAACAAAUUUUUUUAAUCAAAGUCAGACAACAUUCACGGCUGCAGCAAAUCAAACUCCCAUCCCACAGGUUCAUCAUCAUUUUCAACACCCUGGAACAGCUUCAAGAUCUGCUCCUGAGGUUCCUCCUCAGGCUCCUCCGAGCUAUCAAGCCUAUAAUCCACACUUUGUCGCGCCAGCUGCAGCAGCAGGCAUUCCUGUUCCGAACUUUAAUCCUGCCAUGACCCCUGGAAAUCAGGGAAUUCAUUCAGCGGGUAUGCCUUCCGUGCACUGGCAGAAUAAUGAGCAUUUGCAGGCGCUCCAAAGGCUUCAAGCUUUAUUUGCCAAUUUCUCUCAAAACAGCUUUAACCAGCACCACCACACUCAAGCCCUCAUGGCAGGUGGAGGACUAGGUGGCGGAAUUGGAGGCUUUGGCAGUGGAGCUGGAGGACUUGGAGGUGGAGCUGGACGAAUUGGUGGAGGUGGAGGCCUUGGAGGAAUGCAAAACUUGAUUCAAUCAUUAUCAGGAGUUGGUAAUGGUGUAGGAGGUAGUAUCCCAGGCCUGGAUCUCUUUGGGAAUGGUGGAGGUGGAGGGCUGGAUAUUUUGCAAGGUUUAUUGGGUGGCGAUGGAGGAGGUUUAUCAAUGCUUAAUGGUUUGGAUUUGGGAGGAUUACUAGGAGGAUUUCUUUGAAACAAAUUCAUGGUUCCUGCAGUAUGAAUCUCUUUUUUUUUUUUUAAUUUCAAUAAACAAAUUAUGUGAAUCCUUUGCUUAAUUGUGUAACUAACCCUGGUUAUACUAUAACUGUUUUCCUCUGAUUGAAGGAGCUUCCUUGGAAAACAACCAU